AUGGCGGACGCCAAGGGGGGUGGGGCGGGGAAGCCCGCGUUAGGAAAGUCAGGAGGGUGUGAGAAAUAUUUUAAACUCAAAGGCUGGAAAUUCAGAAAAGCGGGUACUGGGACCUGUGUUCUCAGUACUGAUCCAUCCACUACACUUUCACUUCCCCAAAGGCGGCUGUCUUUCCAUCUGUCCUUCUGCCAGACUGUCUGUCCGUCAAUCACUGUGGAAGGCGCACUGACCACAGAAGACAAGAGAAGGAGAAGGAAUUUACCUGACUUUGGUAGAGAUUCAUCACAAGAGAGCCUCAGGAGCCUGGGAUAUAGACUGAAGACGUCUCCCCUCCACCAUCAUUCAGGUGGAGCCUUAAGAACACUCUUCAUUCAGGUGGAGCAAGGCCCUCUCCUGUCCUGCCCCCAGGCUGGCACGGACCUGAGCAUGGGCCGGGCUCGGGAAGUGGGUUGGAUGGCAGCAGGACUGAUGAUUGGGGCAGGUGCCUGCUACUGCGUUUACAAACUAACCAUAGGAAGAGAUGACAGUGAGAAGUUGGAGGAGGAGGAGGAGGAAUGGGAUGAUGAACAGGAGCUUGACGAGGAGGAGCCCGAGAUUUGGUUUGAUUUCACAACUAUGGCUCGGCCUUGGAGUGAGGAUGGGGAUUGGAAUGAACCUGGGGCCCCUGGUGGCACCGAGGACAGGCCUGCAGGUGGGGGCAAGGCCAACCGAACACAUCCGGUAAAACAGCGCCCAUUCCCUUAUGAACGUAAAAAUACUUGGAGUGCUCAAAGCUUUAAAAAUUUCAGUUGUGUUCUUGGCCUCUCCAAGUGCCCUUUC